GCCCCGGCAUGAAGGUGCUCCGGCACAAGAUCGAGCUGCUGACAGGGCUGCUGCUGCAGGAGAUGACCAUGGCGGGGCUGCAUGAGCUGCGCUUCACCGAGGAGAAGCCGCUGCUGCGGAGCCAGGACGCUGAGCUGGAGAACUCGGAUGUCUUCCUCUCCACUGUGGACACGGACUGGAAGGAACAUGACAUUGAGACCCCCUAUGGGCUGCUGCACGUGGUCAUCCGGGGCUCGCCCAAGGGGAAUCGCCCGGCCAUCCUGACGUACCAUGAUGUGGGCCUCAACCACAAGCUUUGCUUCAACACCUUCUUCAACUACGAGGACAUGCAGGAGAUCACGAAGCACUUUGUGGUGUGCCACGUGGAUGCGCCGGGCCAGCAGGCAGGAGCCUCGCAGUUCCCUCAGGGGUACCAGUACCCAUCCAUGGACCAGCUGGCUGCCAUGUUACCCAGCGUGGUGCAGCAUUUUGGGUUCAAAUACGUGAUCGGGAUCGGUGUUGGGGCAGGAGCCUACGUGCUGGCCAAGUUUGCGCUCAUCUUCCCCGACCUGGUUGAGGGACUGGUCCUCAUGAACAUCGACCCCAACGGCAAAGGCUGGAUUGACUGGGCAGCUGCCAAGCUCUCUGGCCUCACCAGCACGCUGCCGGACACUGUCCUGUCCCACCUGUUCAGCCAGGAAGAGCUGGUGAACAACACGGAGCUGGUGCAGAGUUACCGGCAGCAGAUCGGCAGUGUGGUGAACCAGUUCAACCUCCAGCUCUUCCUCAACAUGUACAACAGCCGCAGGGACCUGGACAUCAACCGGCCUGGGACUGUGCCCAACGCCAAGACGCUGCGCUGCCCCGUGAUGCUGGUGGUCGGAGACAACGCGCCUGCUGAAGAGGGGGUGGUGGAGUGUAACUCCAAGCUGGAUCCCACCAACACCACCUUCCUGAAGAUGGCUGACUCCGGUGGGCUGCCCCAGGUCACACAGCCCGGCAAGCUGACCGAAGCCUUCAAGUACUUCCUGCAAGGCAUGGGCUACAUCGCCCACCUGAAGGAUCGGAGGCUGAGUGGAGGCACAGUGCCAUCUGCGAGCAUGACCCGCCUGGCACGCUCCCGCACGGCCUCCCUCACCAGCGCCAGCUCAGUGGAUGGCACCCGCCCACGUGCCUGCACCCACUCGGAGAGCACCGAGGCCAUGGGGCAGAUCAACCACACCAUGGAGGUAUCAUGCUGAGGUCCACGCCCGCCGACGACGUCUCCUCCAGAGCCAUCUCCCAUCCGUCAGCAUCCUGCCAGCACCCACCCGCCCCGUGGACGUCCUCCACCAGGGUCCUCGCUCCUUCGGGGUCAAUUUGUCUUCUUUGCCGUUGGCCUCAUCCCCUUGUCUGGUACCAGAGAAGGAGAGGGGCUUCGCUUCACUGCCUCCUGGCUCUGGCUCCUGGCUUCAUCCAGCAGUCACACAUGGUUCUGCAUCAGUCCUCACCCUCCCUAGCAUCAGCUUGGCCCUGGCUUGGGAGGGUCGGUGGCAGGGGA